GAGGCGGCGUGCGGUGGGUUCACAGCUGGCUGGCUGCACUCUACAGCCCCGCUGUUCAGUCACCGAAAGCCACCAAGCAUGGUUAAAUGAAGAUUAUAGUCAAAGAGUGGGCACCCGAGUCCAGGUCUGACAGGCAUCAUGAGUGCUUUGCUCGCCCUUUUCACCUUUCUCGCCUUCGCCUCCGCCGCCGCAAAGCCCAACGCUGGUUUGAAAACGUGGGGACGUUUCAGUAAGCUGCCCUAUCCAGGAGACAAGGCUUUCCUCUACGACACCUUCCCCAAGGACUUCAUAUGGGCGGUGGGCACGGCGGCGUACCAGGUGGAGGGCGCGUUCGAGAAGGACGGCAAGGGGCUCUCCAUUUGGGACACUUUUACGCGCGGUGGGAACCGGAUGGCCACCGGGGACGUGGGCAGCGACAGCUAUCACAACAUCCACGCCGACAUAAGAGCGAUCCGGCAGCUCGGGGUCAGCCACUACAGAUUCUCCCUGUCCUGGUCCAGGAUUUUUCCCAACGGCACCCGCGGGAGUUACAACGAAAUCGGCACCAACUACUACCGGACCCUCAUCAAGAGGCUGAAGGAGUUCCGCGUGCAGCCGGUGGUCACGCUCUACCACUGGGACCUGCCCGAUCACCUCCAGCAGAGCCUCGGCGGCUGGAGCAACCCGAAGAUUGUGGGGAUUUUCAAGGACUACGCAGAUUUCUGCUUCCAGACUUUCGGGGAUGACGUGAAGUACUGGAUUACCAUUGAUAACCCGUUUGUGGUGGCGCGGCACGGAUAUGGCACCGGAGUGGUCGCUCCCGGGAUAAAGAACGACCCUGAUCUCCCGUUCCGGGUUGGACACAACCUCCUCAAAGCUCAUGCAGCUGCGUGGCACCUCUACGACCGCCACUACCGACCCCGUCAGCAGGGCAAGCUGUCCAUGGCACUGGCCUCUCACUGGAUCAAGCCGAGUCGCACCCGCCUGGAAAGCCUGCGAGAGUGCCAGUGCUCCCUGGACCACGUCCUGGGCUGGUUCGCCCGGCCGCUGUUCACAGACGGAGACUACCCUCCCUGCAUGAAGGCGAGGCUGGGCUCACGGCUGCCCUCCUUCACCCAGGAGGAGAGGGAGCAGGUGAGGGGAACGGCCGACUUCUUCGCCCUCUCUCACGGGGCGGCCCUGAGCUUCCAGCUCAUCAACGACAGCCUGAAGUUUGGGCAGCAGGAGGAUCUGGACCUGAGGAUGCUUCUCUACUGGGUCAACGCCGAGUACAACAAGCCGCCCAUCUUUGUGGUGCAGAGCGGUUGGUACGUCCUCGGAAAUACCAAGACUGAAGACCCAAAGCACAUGUACUACCUGAAGAGGUUCAUCGCAGAGGCGCUAAAAUCAAUCAUCAUAGACGGUGUGAAUGUGAUUGGAUACACAGCCUGGUCUCUGAUAGACGGCUUCGAGUGGCACAGGGAGUAUGGGAUACGACGGGGACUCUACUAUGUUGACUUCAACACUCCUGACAUGAAGAGGGAGCCAAAGACAUCUGCCACCUUUUACAGAAAUGUCAUCCAGAGGAACGGUUUCCCCGAGCUUCCAGAAAACAGACCAGCACAAGGAAUCUUCCCGUGUGAUUUUGCCUGGGGGGUCUCUGCCAACUCCAUACAGGUGGAGACCACGCCCAGCCAGUUUGCAGACCCCAGUGUUUACUUAUGGAACAUCUCCAACAACGGAGAGCUGAUGAGGCUGGAGGGCUUCAGUGCGCCACCUCUACGCCGAUCCACACACUGUGCUGAUUACGCCACCAUCCGACAACAGGUGGAUGAAAUCCAGCAGGUGGGGGUGAACCACUUCCACUUCUCCCUCAACUGGUCAGCUCUGGUGCCCACAGGUGACGUGGCUCAUCCCAACGCCACUCUGCUGGGCUACUACCGCUGCUUCACCCGCCAGCUGCUGCAAGCCAACGUCACGCCCGUGGUCACCCUGUGGCACCACACACGCCAGCGCAGCAGCCUGCCGGCCCCGCUGGACACCACCAACAGGUGGCUAAACAGGAAGACUCCAGAGGCGUUCGCAGACUACGCCAGACUUUGUUACAGAGAACUGGGCGCCCAUGUGAAGAUGUGGAUCACCCUGAACGAGCCCAAUGAUGAGAUGGUGAGCUACCAGGAGGGUCAUCAGAUGCUGCGGGCGCACGCUCUGGCCUGGCACGCUUACGACGACGAGUUCAGACACACACAGGGAGGACAGGUGUCUCUGGCUCUGCACAUGGACUGGGUGGAGCCGGCGUUCUCAUUCAGCCGCGAAGACGUGGAACCAGCGAAAAGGGUUUUAGACUUCCGCGUUGGCUGGUUUGCAGAGCCGAUCUUUGGCAGCGGGGACUAUCCCCUGGGGAUGAGGAGCUGGCUGCGUCAGCUCAACUCACUUGACCUGCCCGUGUUCAAAGAGAAGGACAGAAAGCUGGUUAAAGGGACAUAUGACUUCUUUGCCAUCAGUCACUUCAGUACCAAGCUGGUGACACACGCCAAGGAAGACUCGUACACGUACACAGCAAUGCUAGAGGUCCAACACAUGAUAGACACCACGUGGAUCAUGUCCCCGAGGCCGGUUGUGCCCUGGGGCCUGAGGAAAGCCCUGAACUGGGUGAGGGAGCACUACUGUGAUGUACCUGUCUAUGUGAUGGCUAACGGGGUCCAGGAAGACCCCGCCCGCUUCAAAGACAGCCUAAGAGUGUACUACCUGUACAACUACAUCAAUGAAGCGCUGAAAGCGUUCACUUUGGAUGGUGUAAACCUGAAGGGUUACUUUGCCUACGCCCUGAGCGACCAAAGGGACCCGGGCUUCGGCUUGUACGGCCAUGUCCAUGAGGAGGUCAUCAUCAAGGCCUCUCUCUCCAACUAUCGCAACAUCAUCAAGCACAACGGCUUCCCCAUUCAGGGAGCCACACCCCAGCAGUGUCCCAGCGUGCCUCAGCCCUGCCUCGGCUGCCACGUGCUGGUCAACAGGCCUGUGGUGGGCUUCCUGACUCUGGUGGGCUCAGGGGUGCUGAUCACCCUGGGCCUCAUUAUCUACUACACAGCCAAGAGACACAAGGAGUAUUACUGAUGAUUGUAACAGUAGGAUUUGUUCUUAUCUUUUUAUAAAUGACUCAAGGAAAACAUGUUAUUCAGCAGCGUAGAGUUUUACUUACAAACGUAAAUUAUGGGACUUGCUUUGACCUUUACAUUAAAUGAAGUCUGAAUAAUGAAAAUGUUCCAAUCUUCACAUUUUAAGUGAUACAACUGUUAUUAAAUGUUAUGAAAAGUUGGUGUGGAUUUCUUGGAAAACCUGCCAGGAACCUUUUAAUAGUUGAUAAACCUAUAAAUAUCACACAAUUCUAUUUUUCUGUGUUUUGAAUGCCUGUUUGUUUUUAAGAAUACUGUGGAAUGACUAUAAUAGAAUAUUAAUCUUAUAAAUGACUAGAUUUCCUGGCUUAACUCAAAAAUGAGGUAAAUACUGCAAGCAGUUUUAAAAAGGCCAUUCUGUGAUGUACACACUAUUCAGAAGGUGAGGGGUCACCCGUUAGGGGUUGCCACUUUUGAGACGUCUUGCACUCCAUCAUGCUGCCAACAUCAUUUCCCCAUAGAAUCCAAAGGAGUCGUCCAGCAGAGGAAAAAAAAAAAUACAUUUUACAGUUCAAAUCAUGUUUGUAUCUGCCUUUAUGGGUUGAAAGAACACAUCAAAUGAUGAUUUUAAGAGUUUUGUAGUUGUUUUUUGUCUGUUAUUUAAGAGUUUGACUGUAAUGAGUGUAUGUUUAUAUGUACUAAGUGCUUAACCAUAAAUUUGUUUCAAUGAGGUGAAACCCC